AUGAGGGUAUUAAGGUAUAAAAUCCCUGGUUGCACAGGACUGAUAGACAAGGUGGAAGAGGACCUUAUCAAGAAAGGAGGGGUGGGGUUUUGUUUGUUUGUUUUACCUUUCAGCACAUUUGUGUGUCCAACUGAAAUUAUCGCUUUUGGUGAUAGACUUGAAGAAUUCAGAUCUAUAAAUACUGAAGUGGUAGCAUGCUCUGUUGAUUCACAGUUUACCCAUUUGGCCUGGAUUAAUACCCCUCGAAGACAAGGAGGACUUGGGCCAAUAAGGAUUCCACUUCUUUCAGAUUUGACCCAUCAGAUCUCAAAGGACUAUGGUGUAUACCUAGAGGACUCAGGCCACACUCUUAGAGGUCUCUUCAUUAUUGAUGACAAAGGAAUCCUAAGACAAAUUACUCUGAAUGAUCUUCCUGUGGGUAGAUCAGUGGAUGAGACACUACGUUUGGUUCAAGCAUUCCAGUACACUGACAAACAUGGAGAAGUCUGCCCUGCUGGCUGGAAACCUGGUAGUGAAACUAUAAUCCCAGAUCCAGCUGGAAAGCUGAAGUAUUUCGAUAAACUGAAUUGAGAAAUACUUCUUCAAGUUAUGAUGCUUGAAAGUUCUCAAUAAAGUUCACGGUUUCGUUACCACA